UUUAUUACAAAACAAUAACACAUUCCGAAAAGUAAACACACGGCACACGCACCUACAAAACGCACAGCCCGCAGUAACGCGGUAACCAAACGAAAAAGAAAAAAAAAACUAAACCAAAGUUACAAUUGAAGCUUUUGUUUCCGGUCAAGGGAUCCAAGAUGCCCCGCGUGAAGCCCACCAAGAAGCUCGAUGUCCUGGGAAAUCUUGACCUGCGGCCCGAGGAAGCCGUGGGCGACUACAUCUGCUCUAAGCAGCAAAACAAGUUCUUUGUGAUUCCACCCAACUCGGACUCUGCGGGCGAUUCCAUCGAGUUGAUAUACGUGAAUAAUCUCCGCGAGCACAAUGCCAUGCUCAAGUUGCAGGACGAGAUGCUAUCCAGUGCCAAGCGGCAGACCAAGGUGAACUCCUCCAGGGUGCGCAAUAUGUACAAGAUCCAGGAGCGGCUGAGGAAGCGCUUCAUCGAGGUUAACAGUUUCAUCAAGGAUUGUGCUGAGAAGAAGAGGGUCGCCGAUAAGACAGCCCAAGGGGAAACCCUCUAUCACAAGGAACUCGGCGAGGACAUUGAGAGCUUUAAGAACUCGAUUGGUGAGUUGAAGGCCUUUCGGGAGGCUCUCAAGGCCACCGUCCAGGAGUUCCAGCCCUACGAGAAAGUGCUCGACGAGGUGGUGAAGGUUUCCGACAUAUUCGUAUCCCCAAAGGACUGUAUGGAUCGCUGUGAUGCACUAAUGCUGGCUCAAGUGGAGAUCAACAAACUGGAGCAUCAAAAACUGAAAGAGAUCGAGAGUAUGAGGCAGAAAAUGGUUAAGAUCACUAAUGAGGCGGCUUUAACUGUCCUGGGCCUAAAGAACGAUCUAGCCAGGCUCGAACGCUCCUAUAACGAGUCCAGAGUCCAGUGCCUAAGAUGGGAGAAGAUUCUGGCUAACACCAAGGACGUCAUCAACGAUAGUUAUAUGGACAAGGAACGCACAGUAGAUGCGAUUGCCAAUCUUAAUCGGAUUCUGUGUCGUCGUCGAGAUAUACCUUUCUUUGCUGGUCGAGGGGAAUUCGGAAAAAUAUUGGAUUUCAUCAAAAAUGAAGUGGAGAUAUUGACUGAAGUCGUAAAGCAGAUCGAAUCUUCUGAUCCGGCCACUAAGCAUGGUGAAUUUAAAGAAGUAACCCUGUGUUAGUCUGAAAAAUCGAUAGUGGUUAUAUAAAAGCUUAAAAACUCGUAAACUUAAUAAAAAUAUAAAAAGAAUUUAGUAAUUAA